AUGUCAGGAUGGGAUACUUUCACAAGGACCGUUUUGUAUAUCUCUUCAUCGUGGGCCCUAGUGCGCGGGGAAAAAUCAAUUCGAAGUGCGUGGACAAAAGGAAAAUCGAGACGCCCAGACCUACAGGGCAGAGCAGCGGCAGCUAUGGGUGGCCACCGCGACGAGGAGGUCGCCGCCUCGCCGCUCCUCGCGGCGCCCACGCAUGCGGCUGGCGGAAGGCGACGGAGCCACGCCGCUGACGUGCACAUCCUCUCCGCGGCUUUCCUCUUCGUCUUCUCGGCCUACAGCGCCGCCCAGAACCUCGAGAGCACAGUCAACACGGAGGGCGACCUGGGCACGGUCUCGCUGGGGAUCCUCUACACCUCCUUCACGCUCUUCUCGGUGGUCGCGUCGCCGGUGGUGACGCGGCUGGGACCCAAGCGCGCGCUCGUCGUGGGCACCAGCGGCUACAUGCUCUUCAUCCUCGCUAACCUCGUCCCGUCAUGGUACACAAUGGUGCCUGCUUCAUUGUACCUUGGUUUUUGUGCAUCCAUCAUUUGGGUUGGGCAGGGUACAUAUCUAACAUCAGCUGCCCUUAGUCAUGCAAGAGACAAUAAUUUACCUGAGGGUCCGACUUUGGGGAAAUUUAAUGGAGAGUUUUGGGGAAUUUUUGCUAGCACGCAGGUACUUGGAAAUUUGCUCUCGCUUGCUCUACUGAGAAAUGGAAAGGAUGGGGGAAGUGUCACGGGGAAAAAUAUGUUAUUUGUUGUAUUUCUUGGCUGCAUGAUCGUGGGCAUUGUAUUAAUGUGUUUUCUCUCCAAAAGAGAGGAGAAAGGAAAUAAUGAUCCGGUCCACUCCUCUUUUGGAGCGAUGUUGAAGUAUAUUGUUGCCCCUCUGAAGGACCAAAGGAUUCUUCUUAUUAUCCCUCUUAUGGUAUAUAUAGGUCUGCAAAAUGCGUUUGUCUGGGCUGUAUUCACAAAGAGUAUUGUAAAACCUGUCCUUGGCAUAUCUGGAGUUGGUGGGGCUAUGGCAAUCUAUGGUGCUGCAGAUGCAAUUUGUGCAUUGGUUACUGGAUGUUUGACCUCCGGACUUUAUUCGGCUACAUUCUUUGUGUCGUUUGGAACUGUUGUCCAGGGUGUAGUCCUAUUCUGGUUGCUUCUUUUUUACAGGCCAACUGUUGGAGUGCUUGGAGCAGCAGCUCCGCUACUCAUAGGCGCCUUAUGGGGUGUUGGUGCUGGGAUGUUGAAUACAGUGCUAAACACGGUUCUUGGACUGCUGUUCGAAGAUGCCAAGGAGGCUGCCUUUGCACAGUUCAAGGUCUGGGAAUGCGCUGCCGUUGCUGUCAUCUUCUUCUUGAGCCCAAACAUCAUGCUACAGGCACUGCUGAUCCUGAUGACCACUGCCCUCUUCAUCUCAUGUGGCGCAUUCCUGUUCCUCACAAUUGUUACCGAAAAGCCAUCGACUGUCAGAUCCUGA